AUGGCCAAAGACUGUGAGCAAGGGACCCAGGACCUGCUGGCUACCCUGGGGGCCUUAGGCGCCAGGCCCCUAUAUGAAGCUACCAAAGAGGGGAAAACAUUUAAAUGGGCUGAAAAAGAAGCCUUUAAUCAGUUAAAAAAGGCCCUCCUAAGUGCCCCAGCCCUGGGCCUACCAGACAUUAUGAAGCCCUUCCACCUCUUUGUAGACGAACAUAAGGGAAUAGCAAAAGGGGUUCUAACUCAAGCCUUAGGCCCCUGGAACCACCCAGUGGCUUACCUGUCUAAGAAACUAGACCCAGUGGCUGCCGGCUGGCCACCAUGCCUAAGAAUUAUUGCAGCGACAGCACUCCUAGUCAAGGAUGCAGACAAACUGACCCUAGGACAGGAGAUCUGGAUCACGACCCCACACGCCAUUGAAGGGGUCCUGAAACAGCUUCCGGAUAGAUGGAUGAGCAAUACACGUAUGACUCAUUACCAGAGCUUCCUACUCAACCCUCCAUGAGUCCGGUUCCACCCCAGUGCAGCCCUCAAUCCUGCAACCCUGCUGCCCGACCCUGACCUAGGUGCUCCACUACAUGACUGUGCGGGAAUCCUGGAACAAGUACAUGGAUUCCGGACGGACCUGACCGACCGGCCCCUCCCCAAUGCCGAGGCUACUUGGUUCACUGAUGGCAGUAGCUUUGUGCGAGACAGACACAGGUAUGCGGGUGCAGCGGUGGUCACUGAAAUGGACACCGUAUGGGCGGAGGCUCUACCCUCCGGAACGUCAGCCCAGCGAGCAGAGCUCAUAGCCCUCACCAAGGCGCUGAUGCUGGGAGCUGGAAAACGGCUUAACAUCUACACAGACAGCCGUUAUGCAUUUGCCACAGCUCAUAUUCAUGGGGCAAUUUAUCAGGAGAGGGGCCUACUGACGGCAGAAGGACGGACUAUAAAAAAUAAGCAGGAGAUACUUAACCUGCUUACGGCCUUAUGGCUUCCUGCCAAGCUAGCCAUUAUCCACUGCCAAGGGCACCAAAAAGCUGAUAACCCAGUAGCUAGAGGUAAUCGAAAGGCUGACCAGGCAGCCAUGGCAGUAGCCCUUACUUCAGUCCCCACCAUGACCAUACAACUACUGGACCCGGGAGACCCAAUAAAGGGAUGGUGGUCUACACCUAACAAGGAGCUCGUGCUGCCAGACCGGCUUGGAGUCUCAGUAUUAGAGCACAUGCAUCAGUCUACUCACAUGGGGGCCCGAAAAUUAAAAGACUCAAUCCGACAUGCCAGAAUCAAGAUUCACCAACAGGACACCAAAAUAGAGCAAGUUGUAUCUGCCUGCAAGACCUGCCAACUCACCAAUGUGAGAGCCACAUCAAAUAAAAAAGGAACCAGGCUCAGAGGCACCAGACCAGGAGCCCAAUGGGAAGUCGACUUCACUGAAGUCAAACCAGGAAAGUAUGGUUUUAAAUAUCUUUUAGUAUUUACAGACACCUUCUCUGGCUGGGUGGAGGCAUACCCAACCAAGCAUGAAACGGCUCAGAUGGUGGUUAAGAAGCUACUAGAAGACAUCUUACCCAGCGGGCUCCAGAGGGCGCAUGAGGACAUUUGGCCGCGCCUCCGUGCCAUCUAUGAGGCUGGCCCGACCCCGAUACCUCAUCAGUACAGGCCGGGAGACUGGGUCUACGUCAAGAGGCACCACCGAGAGACCCUCGAGCCGCGCUGGAAGGGACCCUACAUCGUGGUGUUGACAACCCCCACCGCUCUCAAAGUAGACGGCAUCGCGACCUGGGUCCAUCACACCCACGUUCGGCCAGCGGACCCCUCCUCAAUACAGAAGGACUUCGUCACGCAAUGGGCCAUCAGUCGGGACCAACACAACCCUCUCAAGCUCAAGCUACAGCGCAUUCGACCCACCUAAUAUUGGUAACUCUGUUAACUCUGCUUGUCAUUGCUCAUGCUGCCGGGAGUCCCCACA